AUGACUCCUAUUUAUUUUGUUAGUUUUCUAAUUAUAUCAGUUGUGAAUGCUGAUGUUUAUUUACAUUUUCCACCCGGUUCAAAUAAUCGAGUUAAUGAACAAACAGCAAAUCGUCAAAAUGCUCAAAAUGCAUUCGAUUCUCAAAAUAAUAAUAAAGGUGGUUAUAAUGUUCCUGAUGCAACUAGUACAGCAUAUGGUACAAAUGCUUCACUUCAAUAUUAUCUUAAAUUCUUUCAAAGUGGACAAACCGGUAAGACAACACUACGUUUUGUUUGGACAAAUCAACAUGGUUGUGGUGGUAAUGAAGAAACGAAUCCAACAAAACAAACAUGUGAUAUUUUUCUGCAAUACAUGUGUCAAGAUGAUGAUAUUGAUGAAAAUAAUCUUGAUAAAUUUCGUAAUGGAGUUGUGACAACAUCACAAACAUAUACACCAAAUCCAACAUCUGAUCAAGCUGGUAAAUUAGCUGAUGUUAACACAACACGUCGACUUCAUGAAUCAUGGGAUUAUUAUAAUCGAUGUUAUAAUCGUGAACGAAAUAAAGGUCUUUUUACAGCUGAUCAAAAUUUAAAAGGUAAUACAGCUAUUUAUACUCGACAAGAUGCAGCAGGUACCAAAUAUGGUUAUGAAUGUCCCGAAGAACGAGAUUACUGGCCAUAUAUUAGUCCAUGGAAUGAUAUUGCUAUCUUAACAAGUAAUAUCAGCAUGUGCAGUUAUUAUAAAAACGAAAGUUUCAAUGUCAAACCACGAUAUGAAUGUAUUGAAACAAAAAAUAAUGUACGAACAUCAACAAAAUAUAAUAACCAAGUAAAUUGUACAGCAAAUGGUGGAAAAUGGUUAUUAGUAUAUUCUUAUUUAGAAAAAGCUACUACAUUAACAACACAAUCAUCAUGUGAAGGAGCUUCAUCAUCUCAAUAUCAAUAUAAAUGGGCACUUCCUCAUGAUACAACUACUGUUCAAGAAGAAUGUCUUAUUCUUCAGUCUCAACAAGGUCCAUCAUGUCUUCAAGCAGAUUGGUCACGGUCGAAUUAUCUUGGAUUGGAUUCCGAAGCUGAACCAUUAUCAUAUGAUUGGAUUCUUCCAAGUUUUCCAUCGAAUAAAAUUAAACGAUGUAUAGCUCGGAUUCGUUAUAAUAUAUCAACAUAUGAUUAUGAUUUAUAUAAUAUAAAUGCAAGCAGUAAUGGAAAUAAAUCACCGAUAAAAAAUGAUCCUAUUCUUACUGUUGAUAAUGGUAUUCAAUUACAAAUUAAUUUAAAUACUGAUCAAACUGGUCGAACAUUUCAAGAUCGAACACAUAUUUUUCAGAUAUUACCAAGACCAAGUGGUGUUAAUGAUAAUGAAAAUAUUUAUAAUUGGAAUAUGUUAGGUAAACGUGGAAAUAUUGUUCAAACAUAUCCAGCUGUUGAAUAUGAUUUUACACCAAGAAAUCUUCAAAUAAAUCGAAAUGAUCUUAUUCAUAUACAAUGGACAGGUUCAAAUACACAUAACAAUGUAGGUGGUUCUGAUGGACAAGCAGGUGAUGAUGGCCAAGGAACAACAGGAACUGAUCGAUCAAAUCUUGUAGAAAUUCGAGCUCGUGAUGAAAAUUAUCCAUAUCCAUAUGAACAAACAACAUUUUGGAAGAAUGUUAAAGUUCGUUGGAGUCCUAUGGAAAAAUUCAAUACUAAUAUUCUUCAAGAGGAUCUUGCUCUUUAUUUUGCAUCGACUGGUUACUAUCGUUGUCAACGUUCAGUUGAUUGUACAGGAGCCGAUAAUCCAUAUACAUUAGAAACUCAAACAACAAAACUAGAUGGUCUUCUUAAUGUAGCUUCAGCUUCAUUUGAAGGUGCACUUUUACAAAUCAAUGCAGGUACAUAUUAUAUGAUGUGUACAAGAAAUAAUAAUUUUAGUAAUCGAGCACAAAAAGGAACAUUAAUUGUAAUAUAA